AUGGUCAGUGUUCUUCGUUGUUUUUUCCAUAAAUCAUGGUGGCUGGUUGUCAACGGUGUUCUGAAAGAAGAUAGGGUGAAAGUGGCCGUCGGAAACAAUCACCAUUUUACACUCCCGCCACCCCUUACCUCCACCCUUACCUCACCUCACCCGAUCUGCUCUCCUUUUCCUUCAUCUGAUCUUACUCCUAUCAUCAUCUCCGACCACCCCAAAUUGCACCUUUCAUCUCCGGUUUCCAAAUCUGAAACCUGUAACUCAAAUGGUUCCAUUUCCAAAUCUGAAACUGGAGAGACGCAAGUACGAGAUCAAAAUAGGGGAAACAGGAGAAGAGAAAUUAACAUCAGGUUGUUUUUGAAUUUUGAUCGCGUGUGCUCAAAGCGAAAAUCGCGUCAGAAUCCUUUUCAGAUCUGCAAAAUAUCAGGGUUUAUGGAUUCAGCCGAAACGUCUACAAGCAGUAAUUAUAGUAUGAGAUCUGAUAACAUGCGUGGUGGUGCAUUUCGUAAUGGCAACAUUGAUCAGCUCGAUGAUGAUUCACCAUAUGGUCAAAGCUCUCCUUCAUUAAUGGAUCCAUCUGUUUCUCCUCAAAAUUCGAUUCUACCUUCACGAGGCUGGGAUGACAUCUCUGUGUACAAUGCAAAGAAGAAGCAGCAUGCUUGGUUUCAAGCCCCUGAUGGGAACUGGGAACUUGCGAGGAUUAUAUCAGUUACAGGGGAUGAAUCACUCAUAUCUUUUGCUGAAGGAAAAGUAUGUAAGGUGCCAUCUGAUGUUCUAUUACCUGCAAAUCCAGAAAUCCUUGAUGGGGUAGCUGAUCUCAUGCAACUAAGUUAUUUGAGCGAACCAUCCGUCUUGUAUAAUCUUCAAUAUAGAUAUGACAGAGACAUGAUCUAUUCAAAAGCGGGACCCGUUUUAGUUGCCAUCAAUCCCUUCAAGAAUAUUCCUUUGUAUGGAAGAGAUUAUAUUGAUGGCUAUAAGAGGAAAAAAAUCGGUCACCCUCAUGUAUAUGCCAUUGCUGAUACAGCAAUCCGGGAAAUGAUUAGAGAUGAAGUCAACCAAGCUAUUGUCAUAAGUGGGGAAAGUGGAGCAGGGAAAACCGAAACAGCAAAAAUAGCAAUGCAGUAUCUAGCAACAGUUAGAGGGGGUAGUGGAAUAGAAUAUGAGAUAUUAAAAACUAAUCCAAUUUUGGAGGGUUUUGGCAAUGCAAAAACAUCAAGAAAUGACAACUCAAGUCGUUUUGGGAAACUAAUCGACAUCCACUUCAGUGAAAACGGAAAAAUAUCGGGUGCAAGUAUCCAAACAUUUCUUCUUGAAAAGUCAAGAGUUGUUCAAUGCGGGGAAGGCGAAAGGUCAUAUCAUUCAUUUUAUCAGCUUUGUGCAGGAGCUCCACCUUCUCUUAGAGAGAAAAUAAAUUUGAAGAAUGCUCAUGAGUACAAAUAUUUGCAGCAAAGCAAUUGCUACACGAUUCCGGGUGUUAAUGAUGCUGAACAGUUUCGUAUUGCAAUGGACGCUUUGGAUGUUGUUCAUGUCAGCAAAGAGAACCAAGAAAACGUUUGUGAAAUGCUUGCAGCAGUUUUAUGGCUGGGAAAUGUAACAUUUUCACUUGUUGAUGAUGAAAACCAUGUGGAACCUGUGGUUGAUGAAGCUCUUCAAACUGUUGCUCGAUUGCUUGGGUGUCGGAUUGAGCAACUACAGCUUGCUUUAUCCUCUAGGGAAAUGAAAGUUCGUGGUGAAAACUUUAUUAAAAAGCUAACCCUAGCCCAGGCAAUUGACGCAAGGGAUGCAUUGGCAAAAUCGAUAUAUUCUUCUUUGUUUGAUUGGUUAGUGGAACAAAUCAACAAGUCACUUUCUACAGGGAAACACAUGACAGGAAGAUCAAUCAGUAUUCUUGACAUCUAUGGAUUCGAGUCAUUUGAUGUAAAUAGUAUCGAACAGUUCUGCAUUAAUUAUGCAAAUGAGAGAUUACAGCAACACUUCAAUCGUCAUUUAUUCAAGUUACAACAAGAGGAAUACAUCCAAGAUGGAAUCAACUGGGCAAAGGUGGAUUUUGAGGACAACCAAGCUUGUCUGAAUCUUUUUGAACAGAAACCAUUGGGAUUGCUAAGUCUGUUAGAUGAAGAAACGACAUUCCCAAAAGCAACAGACUUGUCACUUGCCAACAAAUUAAAGCAGCACUUGAGUUCUAAUCCAUGUUUUAGAGGAGAACGAGGCAAAGCGUUCACAGUUCAUCAUUAUGCUGGAGAAGUUAAAUAUGACACAACAGGGUUUCUGGAAAAAAACCGUGAUUUAUUGCGAAUUGAUUCCAUUCAACUUCUAUCUUCUUGCACAUGUGAACUUCCUCAGAUAUUUGCCUCAAAUAUGCUUUCUCUUCAAUCUGAAAGUCCUUCGAUUGGUUCAGUAAAGAAAGCAGGUGGAGUUGAUUCCCAGAAGCUUAGUGUCAUGUCAAAGUUUAAAGGCCAAUUAUUCCAGUUAAUACAAUGUUUAGGGAACACAAGAUCUCAUUUCAUACGUUGCAUUAAGCCUAACAACUUACAUUCUCCUGGAAUCUAUGAUCAGCAACUUGUUCUCCAACAGCUAAAAUGCUGUGGUGUUCUAGAAGUUGUUAGAAUAUCAAGAUCUGGAUUCCCAACAAGAAUGACACAUCAAAAAUUCGCAAGAAGGUAUGGUUUUCUUCUACUCGAUAAUGUUGCAUCACAAGAUCCACUAAGUGUAUCAGUUGCCAUUUUAAAUCAAUUCGGCAUUCUUCCUGAAAUGUUUCAAGUUGGCUACACAAAACUGUUCUUUCGAACUGGACAGAUCGGAAAGCUUGAGGAUACAAGAAAUCGUACUUUGAAUGGCAUAUUACGAGUUCAAAGCUGUUUCAGAGGUCACAAAGCUCGUCAUUUGCUCAGGGAGAUGAAACGAGGAAUUCACACUCUUCAGUCAUUUAUUCGUGGUAGAGAAGAUAGAAAAAGGUUCGCUAUCUUACUACACAGACAACGAGCAGCUGUGACUAUACAAAAAUGGAUCAAAGGAGGAAUAGUCAGAAAAGAAUUCAAAGAAUUUAGUGAUGCAGCAGCUGUGGUACAAGGAGUGAUCCGAGGAUGGCUAGUUCGGAGAUGCACAGCAGACAUUUCGCUGGUUCAAUUUGGAUCUGGAAAGAACGAAGACGAUGUGGUGGUGAGCAGAAUGUAUCUUGCAGAGCUACAACGACGGGUUCUUAAAGCGGAGGUCGGUGUACGAGAGAAAGACGAAGAACGGGAAAUGCUAUUGCAACGGAUCCAACAAUACGAGACCCGUUGGUCGGAUUACGAGCAAAAAAUGACAUCCAUGGAGGAAUUAUGGCAGAAACAAAUGAACUCAUUACAAUCAAGCCUCUCCCUCGCAAAGCAGAGCCUCAGCAAUGACGACGACGCUGCUCCGCCACCCGUGAGAACCAACGAGAUCCAAAACGGCGGAGCGAGCGAGAUGACGGCGGGGUUGAGUUUGAUAAGUCGGUUAGCGGAAGAGUUUGAGCAGAGAAGCCAAGUGUUUGGGGACGAUGCGAGGUUUUUGGUGGAGGUGAAGUCGGGUCAAGCUGAGGCCGAUUUGGACCCGGAACAAGAACUGAGAAGAUUGAAACAGGUGUUUGAAGGGUGGAAGAAGGAUUAUGCGGCGAGGUUGAGGGAGACGAAAGUGAUUUUGAACAGGUUGAGCAGUGAAGAAGCUAGUGGUGGUGAUAAGGUUAAGAAGAAUUGGUGGGGAAGACUCAACAGCUCACGGGGUAGCUUUAGUCUCUAUGAUUGAGGAAUAUGAUAAGCAAAUUGGUGACGGAAUCUUCUUCUACUUGUAAAUUGUCUUGUUUCUUUAAUUACCAGCCGACUCAAAUCAUUGUAAAAGGUUAAACAUUUGAUUGUAGUGUACCCUGGGCCUGGGGCUUUGUUUAUCUAACAAAUCAUUCUCCCUCCCUUCCGCUAGUAGAGUGCUUGGUUUGAAACAUAU